UAGUUCUUGCAACUAAUGCACCUUUUCCUUUUUCCUCAGGAUUUGUCUGGAUCCAUUGAUGAUUUGCCGACUGGAACUGAAGCAACGCUGAGCUCAGCUGUUAGCGCAUCAGGCUCUACAAGCAGCCAAGGGGAGCAGAGCAACCCUGCACAGUCUCCAUUCUCCCCUCAUGCUUCACCACAUCUCUCUGGCAUCCCCGGGGGCCCAUCACCUUCCCCUGUAGGCUCUCCUGUUGGAAGCAACCAGUCUAGGUCUGGUCCCAUUUCUCCAGCAAGUAUUCCAGGCAGUCAGAUGCCACCACAGCCUCCUGGCAGCCAGUCAGAAUCCAGCUCCCACCCUGCUUUGAGCCAGUCACCAAUGCCACAGGACCGAGGUUUUAUGGCAGGCAUACAGAGGAACCCUCAGAUGUCACAGUAUGGACCUCAACAAACUGGACCUUCCAUGUCACCACACCCCUCACCUGGUGGCCAAGUGCAUCCUGGAAUUGGUAGCUUUCAGCAGAGUAAUUCAAGUGGUACUUAUGGGCCUCAGAUGAGCCAGUAUGGACCACAAGGAAACUACUCCAGACCACCAACAUACAGUGGCGUGCCCAACACAAGCUACAGUGGCCCUGGACCCGGCAUGGGUAUAAAUGCCAACAGCCAGAUGCAUGGACAGGGGCCAAGCCAGCCCUGUGGUACCAUGCCUCUCGGACGGAUGCCAUCAACUGGGAUGCAGAGCAGACCAUUUCCUGGAAACAUGAGCAGUAUGACCCCCAACUCUCCUGGCAUGUCUCAGCAGGGAGGCCCCGGGAUGGGCCCACCCAUGCCAACUGUGAACCGUAAGGCACAGGAGGCGGCUGCUGCAGUGAUGCAGGCUGCUGCAAACUCCGCUCAGAGCAGGCAAGGCAAUUUUCCUGCCAUGAAUCAGAGUGGUAUUAUGGGUUCCAGCUCCCCCUACACUCAGCCGAUGAACAACAGCUCGGGGUUGAUGAACCCGCAGGCUCCUCCAUACAGCAUGGCGCCUAACAUGGUGAACAGUUCAACAGGUAAUGGUGGGUAACCUUUCAGGAGUGGCCUUCCUCCGAAAAAUCUGUUUAAAGUUACCAGCCCUGAGCUGACAGCAGAGGAUAACAUUCUUCAUUUGAUUCACGCCCUGCUGGGGUAGUUUGGAGUGAUUUGAAAGUAGGCUGAGAUAGUUAUGUUUUUUGUACAAUAACACGUUUUUCAUGAAGUCCAUUGCACAGCACGUAGAUGAGGACAGUGUUUUGAAAGUUACCGUGGCACUCGGACCCGGUUUGACAUAGGUGUUGACUCGCAAGUAAAUGUGUAUUUUUGUGCGUGUCUGCGAGAGAGGGAAAGAGAAGAAAAACCUCUUAUUUGAAGAGGCUGCUAUUUGCUUUUCAGUGUCUUUCUUCCUAAGGUUGCAAUUUCAGAUAUUUAAUGUGAUGCUGGUUUAAAGAAACUGUGCACCUGCUCUGACUUGAAGAUGCUGUAAGUUGGACACUUAAAAUAAUUACUCUGUCCUGAAAAUAUAGGCCAUAUUUACUGGGUUUCCAGAAUUUGUAUAAUCAUCUAUAGGGUUUCUUCAUUUACUUAUUUAAAUAUCAGUGUUGAAAUUUAAUCAUAGCUUCCUUCUGCAAACAAAGCAUAUUUAGCAUAGCUGUUGGGUUUAUCUUUCUCACUGUGACUUGUGAAUUUAGAGUUCUUUGCAGAUUUGUGUGCAAAUUCAAAGACAGCAAAUACACUUUAUAAUCCAUAUUCAGCUUGGCUUCCUAACAAUUACCUUUCCAGUCUUCAGUAAAGACCAGUUCUUUCACUGGGAGGGCUCAGAUGGAGUUUCAGUACUCUGAAGUGGUUCUUCCAAAAUACUUACUGCAGUCACGGAGGUUUUGUGCAUGCUUUACUGGUUACAUUAGACCUUUUUGAAAGCUCUUUUUUUAGAUUUUUUUUUUUUUGUAAAGCUAAAUUUCUACUUCUUGCUUUUAUUUAGUUUCUUUCUUUCUUUAAAGGUACCUUACUAUUUAAAGUGUAUCUUACCAAGAGUCUGUCUUUCAGUAUCUUACUGCUUAGCCUCUUUCAUUCCUUCAUCCUUUGCCUUCUUUCCAGCUUUCCCUUCUUGUCAAUUUUAUGUUCCCCUGCUUCUCAGACAGAAAAUGAUUGUAUGAAAUUCUGGUGUCCAGUAUGACCAGAGCAUUUCUUUGCUCUGUAUAGGAGCUCCUGAAAUACUUAGCAAUUGUGUUUUCUUUCACAAAUACAGUUACAUUUUUGUUAGCUGAAGAAACUGAAUAGAAGUUGUUAAUCAGCAAGCUUUAAAAAGAAAA